UACAGCUGAUCACGUAUUAGUUUUGUCUUUUGUGCCUUUCAUAUAUGAUUACGUAUCGUUACUGCUCAAAUAAAUUUGGUUAUGUAGCACUGGACAUUAACCUCUUUUGUGUAAUUGAAUCCUCUCCAGUCAACAGCUCCUGUCAUGGAGUCCACCAUUUUGAAAUACAACCCUAGUAUAAAAUUGAAUAGGAUGCUCAGGAUCAAUUUGGCAGUCCUGCUUUUGAAGAGUAAAACGUGACUUUUUUUUUUUUUUUUGCAUUCUUGUUUCCGAGGGAAAAUGGACUGAUUCGAGAGCAUCUGCUGAGCUGUUUCAAGUUCGGCCUGGCCAUAAGUCUCCUCUCAAGCAGGCAUGGUAUUAACUGCUCCAACCGUCUGUGAUUUAAGCCUGGACAAAGCCGAGAGCGGAUUUUGCACCCUGACAGUAGCCAAGUCUCCUCAGACCUGCAACAUGGCUAUGAACAGUCCAGGAUCACCAACACAAGGUGAAACAUGGAAUAAUACAGCGAAUCAGUUGGAAAGCAAUGUGGCUAUGAGUGAAUCCAACUCCAUCCACAGCGAUAGACUGUACAGCAUAGCCAGAGAACUUUCUGGAAUGGGGCUUGAGGCGUUUGACUACAUGGCGGAGAGUUCACAGUCGGUGGUCAACAACUUCUUGAAUGGCAUGGGGCACGAGCCGGGAAAAGGGCUAUACUUUGCUGAUGGGAAGAGGAAGGUGGACUAUGUGCUGGUGUACCGGGUAACGCCAGUGGAUCAGGACUCUCCAGGACAGCAUCGGCUCUCGGUCAUCUCCAAUGGCAGCUUUCCCCGAGCAGGGGGCAAAGAGGCUGAAGCAGUGAAGGAGGAUAAUGCUGAGGUCGUAGUGGACAUGGGACCAGCCGAUCCGGCCGAGUGUGACAAGCUCAGGAUCCGAGAUGAGUUUGAGACCCAUCUGAGGGAAGCAGGACUGCACAUUGAACGUGACAACGAGCACAAGGUCUAUGGGCAGGGAUUUAUCCGGCUACAUGCCCCUUGGCAGGUGCUAAGCAGAGAGGCAGAGUUCCUAAAGAUCAAGGUGCCCACCAAAAAGAGCUAUGAAUUAAAAGAAGAGAAGGGUCUAUCAGCAACUAUGAACACAGUGUGGAGGAAGCUGAACCAGCCAUUUCAACCCAACAUCCCUCACAUGCAGCAGCAGAGCCGCACGAAGUUCCUCUCUCACAGCUUCUCCCGGGACAAGCUCCAUCUGUACAACAUCGAGUGCAAAGACACCUUCUUUGACAAUGCCACAAGGAGUCGAAUUGUGUAUGAAAUCCUUAGACGCACUGCCUGCACACGGACCUGCCAAACCAUGGGCAUCACUACUUUAAUAGCUAAAGGGGUGUAUGACUCUGCCUUCCCUCUGCAUGAUGGAGACUUCAAGGACUCCAAAGCAGAAGAGAAGAACGAGAGACAACUGUUACAUGAUGAAUGGGCAAGAUAUGGAGCAUUUUACAAAUAUCAGCCUAUUGAUCUCAUCAGAAAAUACUAUGGGGAGAAGAUAGGCCUCUACUUUGCCUGGCUUGGCGUUUAUACUCAGCUGUUAGCCUUGGCAUCUCUGGUGGGCAUUGUUGUAUUCCUGUAUGGCUGUUUCACCAUCGACUCCAACAUUCCUAGUCAGGAGAUGUGUGAUGAGAAACAGAACUUCACUAUGUGCCCCCUUUGUGACCAAGUCUGCGAUUACUGGCACCUGAGCACAGCCUGUGGCACUGCCCGUGCAAGCCACCUCUUUGACAACCCGGCCACCGUCUUCUUUGCCAUCUUCAUGUCCCUCUGGGCGGUUAUGUUUCUGGAGCACUGGAAACGCAGGCAAAACAGUUUGAACUACAGUUGGAAUAUGACCGGAAUGGAGGAAGAAGAGGAGCAUCCUAGGCCUAAAUAUGAAACAUUACUCCUUCAGAAGAGACAAAGGAAGAGGAGAAACAAAAAGAAGAACAAAAGUGAGCCUCAGAAAAGUGUGGAGGAGAGCAGCGAUUCGGGCAAGGACAAAUGGAGACAGUGGUUGCUGUCUGCCAUGGCUACAGGGAACCCGCCUGAAGAUGAGAGACUUACAUGGAAGGAUAGGUUUCCAGGCUACUGUAUUAAUGUUUCUUCCAUCCUACUAAUGUUUGGUGUAACUUUUGCUGCUGUCUUUGCGGUGAUUAUGUACCGUAUCACCGUCUCUGCCACACUGGCCAUGAGUAACGACCCCCAGAUCAAAGCAAGUGUGCGAGUGACCGUCACAGCCACAGCUGUCAUCAUCAACCUAGUUGUCAUCCUCAUCCUGGACGAGAUCUACGGUUCAGUGGCUGCUUGGCUCACAGAGCUGGAGAUUCCAAAGACAGAAACCGGCUUUGAAGAGCGUCUGAUUCUGAAGGCCUUCCUUCUAAAGUUUAUGAAUGCUUAUGCCCCCAUUUUCUAUGUAGCCUUUUUCAAAGGAAGGUUUGCAGGCAGGCCUGGUGAUUACGUCUAUGUUUUCACCCGGUAUCGCAUGGAAGAGUGUGCCCCUGGUGGUUGUCUUAUUGAGCUAUGUAUCCAGCUCAGCAUCAUCAUGUUGGGAAAACAGCUCAUUCAGAACAAUAUCUUUGAGAUUGGCAUCCCGAAGCUUAAGAAGCUGUUUCGCUCCCUGAAGGAAAAGAAGCGAGCUCCUGAAGUACACGUAGAACAGACAAGUCGUACUCUGCGUCAAUGGCACCUGGACAAUGACCUGGAGCCGUUUGUAGGCCUCACACCUGAAUACAUGGAGAUGAUCAUCCAGUUUGGUUUUGUCUCCCUCUUUGUGGCAUCUUUUCCUCUGGCUCCUCUCUUUGCUCUGUUAAACAACAUCAUUGAGAUCCGACUGGAUGCUAAGAAGUUUGUCACCGAGCUACGUAGACCAGAUGCUGUGAGAGCACAAGAUAUUGGAAUCUGGUACAAUAUACUAAACGGCUUGGGCAAGUUUUCAGUUCUCAUCAAUGCUUUUGUCAUCUCCUUUACAUCAGACUUCAUCCCACGACUGGUUUAUCAGUACAUGUACAGUGAGAACGGCACCAUGCAUGGCUUCAUCGACCACACACUGUCUUACUUCAAUGUCAGUGAUUUUCAACCAAAAACUGCACCUACUGACUCGACUAUCACAAUGUGCAGGUAUAAGGAUUACAGGGAACCCCCAUGGUCUUCACAGCCCUACCAGUUCUCCAAACAGUACUGGUCAAUCCUAGCAGCUCGACUGGGAUUCGUAAUACUAUUUCAGAACCUGGUAAUGUUCUUAGGUCUGCUGGUGGCCUGGGUGAUCCCAGAUGUGCCCAAGAACAUCAGUGAGCAGAUUAAGAGGGAAAAGACCCUGCUUGUAGAUGUCUUCAUGAAGGAGGAGAAGGAGAAGCUUCAGCUCAUCCAUAGCCUUUUCUCAAAAGAAUCGGGCCAGUUGCUGCUGCAGGAGCCGAGGAAGCAGGUGCAGACGGUUUCUGAGCCCCAGGCUCCCUUGCCCAACCUCACCCAGGCUGAGGAUUCCACUGCUGCUUCCCGCCCACGUACCCGUGCACGCGCUGCCAGCUUUAGCCAAUUUACUCGCCAGGCCUCCAUGUCACCCCAUUAUGAUGGGGGCACACAGACAGCAGUGUGAACAGGAAAAGGAAGGGUCGGCAAGAGGGGUUAGCCGGCCAUGAUAUCUUCAGCGUGCCCAUACUCAGAAUGGAGGACUAACAGAGGACAGAGGGUAGGGCUAAGCUUUCCACUGAGUUCUUGAGGUGAAUUAGAACCCUCUAUACAGCGGUUCUCACUGGAUCUAAUGCAAGAGAGGUCAUUAUAUAUCUAUCUCUGUACUGUAUGUCCGAGCAUAUGUCCACAGGCGGCGCGUUUUGAUUGCUUAUAAAGCUGUGAUGUAUCCACACAGUCCGCAGAGGUGACCUCAUCCUGGCCUCUAAGCCAAGGCUUCAUAGGACCGCUAGCCAUAGGACCUCAUCCCAUGCACAGCACAACUGGUUGAGAGCACGGACACUGGAAUGGAAGACCAAGAAUCUCAUCCAUGGGGCCUCUCGCACAUUUUUUUCCCCAUCUGUUCUUAAGCUAAGAAGAAGAUAUUUUUGACAGGACUCAAAAACCAACCUUCACAUCUGGUCCACGCUUACUGAACAAUUUGUGAAACUGCACAAACCCAAGCUGCUUUGCAAAUUUUAACAAAUGUAGCGUAUCACAGCAAAUAAUUAUUCCCUUUCAUUUUCUCAGGUAACACCAUCACUGUAGGCUUUAUUUGUUUAUCUGAAUAAUGUUGCAUCUCUUUGUUUAUUAGAGACCUUGAAUCUUGUUUGUCAGUAAGGGAUAAGGAACAUGAACUACAUUAUUGCACAAACUGUAUUGUACAAAAAAACAAUACAUAAACUUGGUGGGUGUCAAACUUGUUACAGAACUCUUUCUUUUAAGAUGGAACUCUUCACAAAGAGAAUUCUUAAAUUUUUUUUUUUCAUAUUUAAGCUAAGAUAAGACUGUCUCUGAGGUAUGUGUUACCACGUAAGGUUUUGUUUGUGCUUAGGGUCAACUAAUAAGCCAUUUCACUUUAACAACUUAUUAUUUAUGAUUAUUGUUUUCUUUUUGUAAUCAACUUCUGUUGUAUGUAGUUACAAUGUCUCACUUGGAAAAGGCCAGUCAAUACUGAUUAUGCACUGAGAAGUCAGAUUCAUGAGCCAAGAUAAUGUCAAGCAUUGAAAGACCAUUCUAUAUUAAAGUUUAAUCAUUUA